AAGCGAGUCUUGUUCCGGGAACACAUCACUGACAUACAGAACCUGAAUCACAGAGGUGCCUGUUUGACUUCUUCUCCCAUUUCCGUCCGUGCGUGAGUGCGAUCUUGCGCGGUUCGCUCGGCCUCUGGUAGAGCACAUCUGCAGCUCUUCCGCAGGGGAUCGGGCGGAGAGGUUGAGAUACCAGGGCAAAGGUUCUGCUUCCGUGAUCCAGCUUUGGAGGAGUUCUCGGAUUCCUGGGCAUUGUCUUGGACCCAGAGCUUGGCAAGAUUUGUUGAAUAGUUUGCCAAUCUAGAGAGAGUUAGCUUACUUAAUUGUUUCUUUGCCUUGGCAAUGCCAUGGAGCAAAGGGGAACACCAAGACCUUGAUCUUUACAGUUAAUUAUUGCUUCAUAGCUUUCGGGAUCUUGUUACUUGGUGCUUCUUAGUUUGAUCUGUAUUGAUUGAUUCGGAGAGAACGAGAAAGAGAGAAGGGAUUAAGGUUAUUUUCAGUGUGUGAAGAUGAAGUAUAUGAAGCUUGGAGCAAAGCCAGAUGCUUUUCAGACAGAGGGGAAUAUCAGGUGUGUGGCAACUGAACUAGCGACAGACAUUUUAAUCACUGUAGGAGAUGUCAAGUUUUAUCUUCACAAGUUCCCACUUUUGUCUAAGAGUUCCCGCUUGCAAACAUUAGUCGCAUCCACAAACGAGGAAAGCAACGAUGAACUAGACAUUUCUGGCAUCCCUGGUGGACCUUCAGCAUUUGAAAUCUGUGCCAAGUUUUGCUAUGGUAUGACUGUCACGCUCAACGCAUACAACGUCCUUGCGGCUCGCUGUGCAGCCGAGUUUCUCGAAAUGUUCGAGACAAUUGACAAAGGGAACCUCAUCUACAAGAUUGACGUGUUCCUGUCUUCGAGCAUAUUCCGCACCUGGAAGGACUCAAUCAUCGUUCUGCAGACAACAAAGUCGCUUCUGCCUUGGUCAGAGAACCUGAAGGUGAUCAACCACUGCGUCGAUUCCAUCGCAGCCAAGGCUUCCAUCGACCCGUCGGAGGUCGACUGGUCAUACACCUACAACCGGAAGAAGCUCCCAUCCGAUGGCGGCCCCGACUCACACUGGAACGGCGUGAGGAAGCAGCUGACGGUGCCCAGAGACUGGUGGGUGGAGGACAUCUGCGACCUCGAGAUGAGCUUGUACAAGAAGGUGAUCUUGGCCAUCAAGGCGAAGGGGAGAACAGCGAGUGAGGUGGUCGGAGAAGCCCUGCGAGCUUACGCGUACCGGAGGCUAUUCAGCACCUUGGACAGUGCUGCAAACAAUGGUCUUGAUUGCACAAGGCACCGUGCAGCUCUUGAGACCAUCGUUUCUCUGCUGCCAGCUGAGAGAGGUUCAGUCUCAUGUGGUUUCCUACUGAAGCUGCUGAGAGCAGUGUCCUUGCUGGGGUCCGACGAGGCCUAUCGCGACGGUCUGGUCAAGAGGAUAGGAUUGCAGCUGGAUGGAGCCUCAGUGUCAGAUCUUCUGAUACCUGCGAGCUCCAACGAGAACGCCAUGUACAAUGUCGACCUGGUGUCAUCAAUACUAGAGGAGUUCAUGGCGCAGCGCCACGGUGAUGGUGGUGGUGUAGAAUUACGAGAUGACGAUGAAGAAUAUGCCAUGGAUGGUGAGAGCCACCACCUUUCCUCUUCUGUCUCCGGCGGCGAUUCCGAGCGGGCGUUGGCGAAGCUGAUCGACGGGUACCUGGCUGAGAUUGCAAAAGACACCAAUCUUCCUCUUCAGAAGUUUAUCAAGAUCGCCGAAAUGGUGCCCCUUGCGGCUCGGCCGGCACACGAUGGGCUCUACCGCGCCAUUGACAUGUAUCUCAAGGAGCAUCCGAGUUUAUCGAAGAGCGAGAAGAAGAGGCUCUGCGGGCUGAUGGACUGCAAGAAGCUGACCGCUGAGGCAAGCUCGCACGCCGUGCAGAACGAGCGCCUCCCUCUGCGCGUGGUGGUGCAGGUCCUCUUCUUCGAGCAGCUCCGGGCGUCGGCGGCCUCUGCCGAUGCGGCAGCAUCUCUCCUCCCCAGAGAGAACGGCAACUCCUACGGCAGCUCCAGGUCGGCUGCCACGACGGCAACGACGACAGAGGACGACCAGUGGGUCGGUGGUGGCUUGCCAGCGUCCGGCGACACCAGCUCCUUCCGGUCGAUGAGCGGCCUGGCGAACAAGAACGGCAGCGACGGCGGCAAGAACGGUGGUAAAGCGGCUGCGAAGGGGUCACUGCUGAUGCCGAGGAAGAUGCUGAGCAAGCUGUGGUCCGGCAAGGCGAGCAACGGGGAGAACAGCGGCGGCUCCGACACGUCGGAAAGCCCCGGCUCCGUCAACCUCGAUACCGAGACCAAGUCCACGCAUUCACGGAACACCAGGCAUUCGGUCUCGUAGCCUCACGCUGUCCUCUUCGUUUUCUUCCUUUUUUUUUCUUCCUUUUCCGUGUGGCUUCACCCGACUAGGAUGAUGAUCAAGUUAGCGUAUUGUUUGGUCGAUUUUGGUGUCAAUAUAGAAAAUAAACUCUGAUUUGGGGUCACGCUGGUUACAAAACAAAGGGAUUUGCUAGUUCAUGUUACGGUCUAA